GUCCUGCUCCUGUUUUAUUGCAGUGGAUCAGAGCCAGCUGUUUUUGAGCAGAACAGCUGAGGUUUUAUGUUUCACUCAUCGCACUCUUUCAUUUCCAUUUAACCUCACAGCUUUUUUUAUUCCCCUACUCCUUCUCCAGCGUCUUCAUCCAUUUCUCUUAUAGUGUGUGUGCGAGUGUGUGUGUAUGUGUGUGUGUGUGUGAGUGUGUGUUUGUUUGUGUGUGUGCGUGUGUGUGCGUGUGAGUGUGUGUGUGCACCGAGCAUGGUGGUGUCAACAUCACAACAAGUCGCCCUGGCUUUCACGGCCGUGCUUUUCACGUUUGUUGUCCUGCCCAGGAUGUUCGGGGUUGGCGGAGGAACCGGGACCAAAGAGACCCGGUUCGACCCCCGGCUCUCCAGAAAAGCUGGCCCGGGUCCAGGUGCAGUGAGAGGUCAGCCGAUGAACCUGAACGCACCGGGUUCCCCUCAGAGCCCGGAGAACAUGCAGCAGAUGAAGAAGCUGAUGGAGCAAGAGAUGAAGAGCGACAACAAAUUCAAAUCCAACAGCAACAAGGGCUACGUGUUCACGCUGAUGCCUCUCUACGCCAUCGGGCUCGGAGUGUUUGCAGCCUAUAAGUUCUUAAAGAUAAAGUCUGCAGAUGACAAGGAACAACAAAAGGAGAAAGUUGUGAAAGGAGCAAAAAAAUCAGUGGAAGCAGAGAACCAGCUGAAUGAGCUGGAACAAAGGCUGACGCAGACGGAGAGGAUGCUGAACUCCAUCCUCACUCAGCUGGACCCGCUCACUAACUGUGUGAAGUCCGUGGCCCUGGAUCAAAAGAACGAGAUCAUGUCUCAGCUGCAGACCAUCCGCGUCCUGAUGAAGAAGAGAGGCAUGGACUGCCCCCCAAUCAACAUCAACGAGUCGUCCUGCGAGCGAAAUCUAGACGACAUCAUCGAGUCGCUCGGAGCCAAAGACUCUGCAGCGGAAAGUUCUCCAGAAACGCCUGAAGCUUCGGAGCAGAUCCGUCCGAGGCGUUUGGAAGACGAUGCUGCAGCAGAAGGUGCAGAGAUGAAGGAGCUGAAACCUGAGGAGUCAGACGGGGAAGUGGCAGAGACAGAAGAAGGAGAGGAGGAGGAGGAGGAGGAGGAGGAGGAGGAGGAGGAGGAGGAGGAAGAAGGUUUGGAGGACUCCUCUGAGACAAACAUUGAGGACGUUGGAUCAGAGCAGCUUGUUUCUGGCCUCAGGCGCCGAAACAAGCCCGACUGAACUCACUGUGGAGGAAUGAGACGGAUUAUUAUCAAAACCUGAAUGUCUUUCUUUCCCAAAUAGUCUCCUUGCCUGCAGUGUGAAUGCAGAAAUGUUGAGUACCCCAAAGUUUAUGUUAGAAUUGUAUAGUACGGGUCCCCAGCAAUUUGCCUAGUUGGCAUAAGUUGCAUUAAUGAGCAUAUGCAGACAAUAUUUCAAAAGUGGCUUGGCUGAUUUGGACAAUUUUGGUCUGGUUUUUGAGAUGUUGAAUCAAUGUUUGACCUUUUUAUGAUCAGAAAUGGGAGUUUUGAGUCUCCUAAAACUUUAAAAUCGACCCAAAAUUCAUUAAGAAAACACAUAUAUGUCCACUUUCUGGUUAAAACUGCCCUUUUUGCUCCUGAAAAUGUUAGAAAUUGAUUCAAUAACUUCCAAAACCACAACAAGAUCAUCCAAAUUUGCCAACCCAUUUUUUUUUAACUAUUGUCUGCAUAUGCUAACUAACGCAAUUUAGGCUAAUUGUACAAAUUGCCCAACAUAUGCAAGUUAGCACCCGGCAGUUUCUAUGUGCUGGGGACCCGUACUAUACAUUUCUAUCAUAACACUUUGGGGUACUCAACAUUUCAGUGUUUACAACAGGACUCUAUGAGAUGGUAAAGUAAAAGGCUGUCUACAUAUUAACAAUAAUCAUAUAUUGCAUUCAUAGGAAACUCUAACACAUGAUGCUCUAUUUUCCUGUUGCACUCACAGGGACCAGCACAAACACAUGUGCACAAGGUCAACGAGUCAAUAUGAUACUACUCUUCCUAUAGAUGCAAGAAAGGGUUACAUGACAUAUUAAUCUUCUGUUUCUGUCAGGCUACUCGUUUCAUACCUUUGUAACAGCUGUGAGAAUGAUAUGGCAUUAGGAAUCUGCAGCGUAAAGUUCCUACAUUUAUUCAGAUUUUACCUAUAAUUUACCCCAUUUCCAUAAUAACUUGGUGCACACAUGCUUACCAAAGAUAGUUGUGUUGUUGUAAAUAGCAGUGUGCAUGAAUACUGUUUAAACUCAGACCCUCUUCCACCCCCACGAGAAAAAAGAAAAAUCAAUCCUCUUGCUGUUCCUCUCACUUUUGCACCACUGCACACUGGGCACAAAAACAGACGGAGGAUAGACGUGUUGGAGGAGCUCCAGCAUUGUGUAGUGCUACUGGUUUUAGUCUUUGUGUGCUGACUUUAAAAUGUCCUGCUUUUGCCAACACUUAUCAUUGCCUUUUUUUUAGGAUGAAAUCACUACAUGUAUAUUUAUUUUAUUGGCUCUGUCGUUGGUUUCUCUGCAUUAAAGGGAGGCUGCAUUUUGCAUUUGCCAUUACUUUUCACAUGUUUAUCCAGUAGUCCAACAGACUUAGGAUAACAAUACUGAGAUGUCUUUUUGCGGUACUGUUGUUGCAUUUCCUGCAGGUCUUUUAACGCUUAUUUCCACUAUGAUGAAUGCCACAGGAUGUGAGCAUUGGAUGACUUAAAACCCCAGCUUCUCCGUCUGUUCAUUUAGAGAACAAGUGCUUUCAUGGUUUGCAUCCUAACCCCGAACAUCCUGUGUGCUGGGACUUUCCAGAAAUGAAUGAUUGAUUGAUGACCAUUUCCUGUUUAAUCAUAAAGGGAUUGACUCUAAUGUGCUGGAGCCGAUGAGCAGAAUAUUCUAAUGUGUGUUGUGAAAAUGUGAACCUGUGUUUGGGCAUACAUCAAAACCAACUGCAUGUGCUUUUUCAAAUCAUUUGUAAAUGUAAUUAUCAUAUAGGACGAUGACAAUCAUUUGGUCAACCAGAAACACAUUUCCUAGUUACAUUUGUCUACUUUUUUCAUUUUAAAUCAUUGUAUUUGGGAUGUGUUUAAUUGGAUGUUUGUUGGAUACUUAUAUCAUUGAGAGAAGUGCAUUUUAUUGCUCAGUCAUUGGGUACAUACUAUCAAUGUGCUUUUCUAAAUAUCUAUUACUAUUCAGGUGUGGAUUUUUGUUUUUCAAAUGACAACAAGUCUUGUUAUAAUUUGUGCUGAUGUCAGUUAUUUAAGUGAUUAAUCACAGCAUGUAUGAUCAUCAUUUUUGCAUCAUGUGUCCUUGUCUGUUACAGUUUAGGACUCACUUUAUUUAACUCAUAGUAGAUAGUAAUAGUAGAUAAUAGAAUACAAUUUGCUUAGUGUUUGGGAAAAAUUCAUUGUAAAAAUUAAAUAUGUUUGGAAAAUUGAGAUUC